AUGGCUGAACCAAGUAGUGGUGUGCUACCAGAGAAAAUUUAUGACCGCCACGAAAAGCGCGCUAACGUGUUUUGGGAUAAGUUCUACAAAAAGCGGCGAGGGUUUAUUGCUUCUUCAAAAGAGCGAAAUUGGAUGUGUAGAGAAUUUAAAGAAAUUGUGUAUGACCCACGAGACACUAUUGAUGUGUUUGAAAUUGGGUGUGGUCUUGGGAAUUCAAUGGUCCCUCUUUUGAGGGUUAAUCCAUCUCUUAAGUUUUAUGCGUGUGAUAUUGCACAGAGUGCUGUUGAAGUCGUGAAAAAAGACGAAUACCUACAUGACUACUUAACAGCAUUUGUGCAUGAUGUCACUUUACCGAUUCCCCAAGAAGUAAUGCCAUCAUUUUCCGUCGACUAUUUGUUACUUGUGUUUGUGCUCUCCACCAUUUCACCAACAAAAUUUAUGACAACCCUCAAAAACUUGGACGAGGUAUUAAGGCCAAACGGGGUGUUUUUUUUCAGAGAUUACGGGAUGGGCGACAUGAAACAGGAAAUAUUCGAGAAUCGUGGGAACAAACUGUCAGAGAGGUUUUAUUUAAGACAAGAUGGAACACGAAUUUAUUUCUUUUCAUUGGAAGAGACACAGAACUUUAGAAAGGAAUUGAAUUACGAUAUUAUCGAGGAAAAAAUGGUUACAAACACAAACAUCAAUCACAAGAAGCAACUUACAAUGGUCAGGAAAUACAUUCAAGCCAAGUGGCGGAAGCCAACAAAAUAA